AUGUCUGCGAGCUCGAGCUCUCCCAUUCCAGGACCGGCCGUUCCGCCGCACAAACACACUUACGACAGAUCGCUCGACAGAUCGCUGUCAAGACCGUCUUCGCGGACAUCCAUCCGUUCUGGACGCGCCCCCAGUCCUUCUUUUUCUUUAGACGACCCCAUUGCUGUUCGCAACCACAUAUCCACCCUCAAACACAGCAUACGCCACCAGCAGGCGCAGGUCCACGAUCUCGAGAACGUCAUACUUCGUGGCCCACGACCUUACCCCGACCUAUUCGAACCAACCAUGGCGGCUGCAGCGACAUCUCCUCCACCACAGCCUUUCACUCCGUCAAAAAUACCAAAGAGAUCCAGUUUCGAUAAGGGCAUACUUAGACAGGAUAGCGGUCUGCCCCUACCGAGACGUGAACGUGAUGGUGCGGUGGACGAUGGUAUAAGAGAGGGAAUACCAAUGUCAUUCGGUACCGGAUCAACAAGCCCUAAUACUACCAAGCGGGUGCCAAGCCCUACGAGGACGCUCAGUAGGAUACCCAUCUCAUCUGUAGGGAAUGCUCGGGCCUUAGCUGAUGAAGGUCAGCCACCAACACAACGGCUCACCAUUGACACCCCCCAUACCCCAAACCAUGCGACCCUCUCGCCAUAUCCGCCGUCUUCACCUAAUGCCCUUCCGUCACCUAGUCCGAAACGCAUGUCUCUAACGCCUGGUGGCACUACGAAAGUUCUGGCCGACCUACAGACAGGUGUCGUCAACGCCCGCAACGCUCUAGAAAAUACUAAAUCGCAAUUGAGGCUGUCGCAGAGGAGCGUCGCCCAGCUGACUCGACAAACGGAGGAUCAGAAAGAAGUACUAGAAAGGUUGAGGUUAGAGAACGAGGGUCUAAAUGGCGUUGUAGCAAGGAAAGAGAGACUUUUGCAGGAGCUUCUGGAGCGCGCGCGAAAGGCUGAAGCCGAAGCCUCUUUACUAAAGACCCAACUGAAAUCGGAAACGUCCACAUCCAAAAAAGCGUUGCGAGGGAUGGAAUCUUCACUAGCAGAGGCCACCGCCCUCUCACAGAAGUCGGAGAGGGAAUACGUCACGCUUAGAGAUUCUAUCAAAGGCUUGGUUGAAUCAUUUAACACCGAUACCGAACAGCUACGAGAAGAGAUGCGAAAACGAGAGGAUCGGAUGAAGAAGGACACAGAGAUGAUAGCGGUAAAAUAUCAGGCACUAUUGGAGCAGGUUGAAGAGUGCAAAGUGCUGAGAGACGAGCUGGAGAGAACAAGGGCGGAAAAUCGGAAACGCGGAGAGGAGGCGGAGAAGAUAUGGAUGAGCGAUAUUCAAAGCUUGAAAGUGGAGGUGGGAGAGAGCAUAAGGAUGGGCAAGGAGGACAGUGCCACUGCCAAGCAACUGGCUGAUGAGCUUGCACGUCUAAGAAGACUCAUGCAACGUCCAAGUGGAUUGUCUGAAGAGGAUUCUAAUAUCGACGCAAAAGAGGACGCAGAAUCAAUACCCACGCCAUCGUCAUGA